UCGACAUAACAACAAUGAGUGGAAGAGGCAAAACCGGAGGCAAGGCAAGGGCGAAGGCCAAGACUCGUUCAUCCAGGGCUGGACUUCAGUUUCCCGUCGGCCGUGUACACAGGCUGCUGCGCAAAGGCAACUAUGCCCAGCGCGUUGGCGCUGGUGCACCGGUUUAUUUGGCCGCUGUGCUCGAGUAUCUGACCGCCGAGAUCUUGGAGUUGGCCGGCAACGCUGCCCGUGACAACAAGAAGACCCGUAUCAUUCCCCGACAUUUGCAGCUGGCGGUCCGUAAUGACGAGGAGUUAAACAAACUGCUCGGUGGUGUGACCAUCGCUCAGGGUGGUGUGUUGCCUAACAUCCAGGCUGUGCUGCUGCCCAAGAAGACCGAGAAGUCAAAGUAAAACACUUGUCUUAAAAAAAAAAUCAAAAGGCUCUUUUAAGAGCCACCCA